CAGUAUGGUGUCACCUCCUGUCUUUCACAAGCAGUGUGGCUGCUGCUCUGAAGUGUGUGUAACCGUCUAGCUAGCUAGCUAGCGUCGUUUUUUAACUUAUUUUAUUCAUUUCAAAUCAUGUCAGCGAUACUAUUCCUGAAAAACUUGCACCGCGUCAGCCGAGUACCUCUCAGUGUCUUUCGACCAGUCGUCAGUUGUCUGUAUCACACCCAGAAAGGAGUCUACGGGUACCGACCCAAACAAAGCCAGGGGCACCCGGAGUUGCACGGUGACCCAGUCUCGUAUAUCACUGCACUCAAUCGAGACCAUGGGCUAGCACGUCUGGUGGAGGCUUACCGAACACAUGGACACAAGGCUGCUAAAAUUAACCCUCUGCUGCCCGACGACCCAGUGGAGGACAGUGUGCCAGAGAUCAACAUGUUGACUGGGGCUGUACAAGGACCCCUCAACACAUCAGGACUACAGCAUUUUGGUAAAGCCGAGGCGUCGGUGGAGGAGGUGAUUGCCUACCUGGAGGGGGCCUACUGUGGCCGCAUUUCCAUAGAGACCAGUCAGCUGACCAGCCUGGAGGAAAGGGAGUGGCUCGCAGACCGCUUCGAGGAGCUGAAGAAAGAGAUGUUUACUGUGGAGGAGAGGAAAAAGCUGGCCAAGCUCAUGCUGGAGUCACAGGAGUUCGAUCACUUUCUGGCCACAAAGUUCUCCACGGUGAAGCGUUAUGGCGGUGAGGGAGCAGAGAGCAUGAUGGGAGUGUUUUACGAGAUGUUCCGUCUGUCUUCCCACAGCGGGGUGACAGACAUCGUCAUGGGGAUGCCUCACCGCGGAAGACUCAACCUCCUCACGGGGCUGCUGCAGUUCCCACCAGAGCUGAUGUUCCGUAAGAUGCGUGGCCUCAGUGAGUUCCCAGCAGACUCUCCCUCCAUCGGGGAUGUCCUCUCCCACCUCACCUCCUCUGUAGAGCUGGACUUCGGUGCUGCCCACCCACUCCAUGUGACCAUGCUGCCCAACCCUUCCCACCUGGAGGCCAUCAACCCAGUAACCCAGGGGAAGACCCGCGCCCGCCAGCAGCUCAAACAGGAGGGAGACUACUCCCCAGAUGAGAACGCUCAGCCUGGUGAUAAAGUUGUCUGUCUCCAGGUCCAUGGGGAUGCCUCAUUCUCGGGUCAAGGAAUUGUUCCAGAGACAUUCACCAUUUCACUACUCCCCCACUUCAGAGUCGGUGGGAGCAUCCACCUCAUUGUAAACAACCAAGUGGGUUAUACCACUCCGUCUGCGAGAGGGAGAUCGUCUUUAUACUGCAGCGAUGUUGGUAAGAUGGUGGGCUGUGCGGUGAUCCAUGUGAACGGUGAUGAUGUAGAGGAGGUGGUGCGAGCCACGCGGCUGGCGGUGGAGUACCAGAGACGCUUUAGGAAGGAUGUCAUCCUGGACCUGCUCUGCUACAGACAGUGGGGACACAACGAGCUGGACGAACCCGCCUUCACUAACCCUGCCAUGUACAAGGUCAUCCGCUCCAGGAAGAGCACCCCAGACUCUUACGCUGACCAGCUGAUCUCAGAGGGCCUGAUGACCGAGGAGGAGCGUGUUGCUAUCAGGACAGCCCACUACGGCAUGCUAAACGACAAGCUGGCCAACAUGAUCUUCUACAGCCCUCCACCCAUCAACCUGCAGGGGCGCUGGGGAGGUCUGGUGGAGCCCCAGGCCAGGGUCACUCACUGGGACACCGGGGUGCCUGCCCCCCUGCUGCAGUACGUAGGGGCCAAAUCUGUGGAGAUCCCCGAAGGGGUCCAGCUACAUGGUCACCUGGGGAAGAUGCACGUGGCGGGUCGUCGUGCGAAGGUGGAGAAUGGAACUAAUCUGGACUGGUCCACUGCUGAGGCCAUGGCGUUCGGCUCUCUGCUCUGCCAAGGGUUCAACAUUCGCAUCAGUGGGCAGGACGUUGGGAGAGGGACCUUCAGUCAAAGACAUGCCAUGAUAGUUUGUCAGGACACAAAUGAUAUGUACAUCCCCCUCAACCACAUAGACCCUGACCAGAAAGGAUUCAUGGAGGUGUGUAACAGUGCCCUGUCUGAGGAGGCCGUGCUGGGCUUUGAGUACGGAAUGGCCAUCGCCCAGCCUAAACUCCUGCCCAUCUGGGAGGCUCAGUUUGGAGACUUCUUCAACGGAGCUCAGAUCAUCUUCGACACCUUCAUCUCUGGAGGUGAGGCUAAGUGGCUCCUGCAGUGUGGGAUGGUGAUCCUGCUGCCCCAUGGUUAUGACGGAGCGGGACCUGAACACUCCUCCUGCCGCAUAGAGAGGUUCCUACAGCUGUGUGACAGUAAAGAGGAGGGGGUGGAUGGUGACAAUAUCAACAUGGCCGUGGUCAACCCUACGACACCGGCACAGUACUUCCACCUGCUGAGACGACAGAUGAUACGCAACUUCCGCAAGCCGCUCAUCGUGGCCGGGCCCAAGACACUGCUCCGAUUCUCUGGAGCAACAUCCAGUCUGGCUGACAUGGCUCCUGGAACAUAUUUCAAGCCUGUGAUUGGUGACCCCUCAGCCACACCAGCAAGUGUCCAGCGGGUGGUGGUGUGCUCAGGGAAGCACUACUAUGCCCUGUUGAAGCAGAGGGAGGCGUCAGCCGCCAGUCAGACCACAGCACUGAUCAGACUGGAGGAGCUGUGUCCCUUCCCUCUAGAGGCCCUGCAGCAGGAGCUAAACAAGUACACCAACGCUAAAGAGUUCGUGUGGAGUCAGGAAGAGCCUCAGAACAUGGGCCCCUGGUCGUUUGUGGCCCCCAGGUUUGAGAAGCAGCUGGCCUGCAAGCUUCGAUUGGUCAGUCGGCCUGCUCUGCCCGCCCCGGCUGUGGGCAUCGGAGCGCUCCACCAGCAGCAGAACGAGGCCGUCCUCACCGCUACCUUCUCCUCCUGAGACACUGGAACCACUGGGUCCCAAGAUGGACGCUCUAGUUCAUGAAGCUCCAGUAAAACCACAUGACAUCUCUUCUCUAGCCUGGAAAUCCAGACUGAAUUCAGCUCCGUUUUCACAUUUGUUUAACUUGUUUCACUGUUCGCGAUUCAGUCUGGCUUUAGGGCGUUGUUAGGGUACUGAAAAAGAGCAAAACCUUAAAUAUGGUUCAGAUUGAAUCAAGGCGUUAGACACUAAGUUUACGGCAUCAUUGUUUUAUAAAUUCAUUUUUGAUUGAUCAUAUAGCCACACAGCAGAGCAUUAUGAUUUGAUUUCAGUGACCUGACAUAUGACUAUCAUCUAGUUCAGUUUAUCAUCUUGUUUCUUCAAGGUAGAAGAUUGUCUCAGGUUGUCAAUCAAAAGGGCUUAGGCAUUCAUCAGUGUUGUCUAUGCAUGAGUUGCUGUAGUUUUUCUACUGUUUAAAUGUCAGCCUCAACAUCAGUUUGUUAUAAAAAAUAAAAUGUCAAAAUACUGUUAAAAUGGGACAUUUUAACUUGAAAAUAUUA